AAGAGGGGGAGUAACAGACGUAUAUUAAGAAUGAAUAGAAUGACAAGAUGGCUGUGACAGAGAGAUAUUAAGAGAAAGAUAGAAAGGGAUAGAGAGAGAGAUGGAUAGAUAGAUAGAUAGAUAGAUUAAUGUAAACCCAGGUGUGUCAGUGUUGCCAUACAGACAAAGGUAGCGCCGUAGUGCAUGUGGUCUCUCUCAUACACACACACACUCUCGCACACACACACACUCUCGCACACACCGGCAUUACAACUGCGUAGGAGUCAGACAGAAGAGGAAUGCCACUGGCUUGCACACGGAGUAGCCUCACAUUCAUAACUUAACAACAACAGGCGCACAAGACACACACAUGCACGCACACACGCACACACACAUACACACGCUCAAUCAAUCGCAGACACAGACUCUUUGUGUGGCUGUAAACAUGGGGCUCGUCAUGGGGACCUUUUCCAUGCAGAGCAAUAAGCAGGAUCGGACCUAUCGGAAAGAUAAAAUAGAUGAUGAUUUUGAGUUGAGCAUUGUGUGUCAUCGGCCAGAAGGGCUGGAUAAACUAGAGGCUCAGACCAACUUCAGCAAGCAAGAGCUGCAAGUGCUCUACCGAGGCUUCAAAAACGAGUGCCCUAGUGGGGUGGUGAAUGAGGACACCUUCAAACAAAUAUACGCACAGUUCUUUCCCCAUGGAGAUGCCAGUACCUACGCACACUACCUGUUCAACACCUUUGACUCAGCACACAGUGGAUCCAUCAAGUUUGAGGACUUUAUCAUGGCGUUGUCCACCCUGCUGAGGGGUUCAGUGAGGGAGAAACUGACGUGGACGUUCAACCUGUACGACAUCAACAGAGAUGGCUACAUCAACAAGGAGGAGAUGACAGACAUCGUCAGAGCGAUAUAUGACAUGAUGGGGAAGUACACCUACCCUGCCCUGAAGACAGACACCCCCAAACAACAUGUGGAUGCCUUCUUCCAGAAGAUGGACAAGAACAGAGAUGGAGUAGUCACUCUGGACGAGUUCAUUCUGUCCUGCCAGGAGGACGAAAACAUCAUGAGGUCCCUGCAGCUCUUCAAAAAUGUCAUUUAGACCACACAGAGAAAAGGAGAGAAAAGACACAGAGAAAGAAAGACCGGGAGGGAUUGGAAGAGAUGCUUGAACUGUGAGAAGGAAAAGCAGCCCGCCAUUUAAUGGAAAAAAGAGGCACAAAUAAACUUUGUUGUCACCAUGGUUACGAGAGGUACUCAACACCGGCUGCCCAACAACAGCUAUACACACCAGUCGUGUGGCACAGUGUCUCACCAUCAUGUUACCAUGGCAGUGACCAUCAACGGGCUGGGUUAUGACCCUUGCCAUUGACCUCUGACCCCUGUACCUGUUUUUGAACCUCCUGUGACCCUGUAACCUUUCACCCUAGUCCUCUCUGUCUUGUUCUGUUGAUGUUGUUAUGGUUACGGAUCUCUCUGAGAGUGUAUAUCACACCUGUUAGUGUACCUACUGACAUAAACACACACACAGAUUAAGGCAUACACACAUACCUUGGAUUGAAUCCUCAAUCGACUACAAAUAACAAAUACACAAUCAAUACAUUUUCAUCUGUAGAAUUCAUCUGAUCGGUAUUUAACCUUUAAGAAAAAUAUAUUUGAACCAAGUCAUUCUUAACCCUGCUAAAUGCCGAACUCCUACCGAAUGUGUGUUAGUGUUAUUCAAUGUUUUUGGUGUUGUGGUGACUUGUGUCAUAGUGUUUUUGGCUUCUAUCUUUCUGUCUGCAAUGAGCUCUUUUCAUCUGUGUCGUGGUUGGUCUCUUUUUCUGUCAAUCUAAGUCAUGGCCAGACGACAUCCCGCCCACAGAGCCUGGAUUGGAUGUUAUGUGGCCUAUGAUAGACAUAUACAGUGGUAGGAAGUUAUUGCAAGUCCCAUUUUGAAGUGUAUUCUUAUGUGGGAUAUUACGACUGUGGGAUAUUACGAUAUUACGACAGUAACAACUCUCAAGACAAUACCCAACCACUCACUGUGACCAGAGAGAGAGAGAGAGAGAGAGACCUUGUCACUGAGAAUACAGGAAUAAAGCCAUGAGAGAUGACAAUAGCCUAAUCAAUGUGAACUUACUGACAAAAAAAAUACAAAAUCCCUUUUCUCACAGUUAUCUCACA